CUGAACAGAGACAGAAGAACAGAAAACUCCUCCUUCACAUGGUUAAUAUGUUCCGGCUCAGGAUGACUUCCUCUCUGUUCUCACUCUUCCUCCUUUCGAUGUCAUUCAUCAUGGCCGCCGCUCAACCCGCCGGCUGCAAAAUCCGCAUCACUGACAAAGGACUGGACAUGUGUAAUAAGUUCGAGACUCAGAGGUUUGUUGAAGAGGAGCUGAGCAACAUCAGCAUGCCGGAGAUGAUCGGGAAGGAAGGACGCUUCCAGUACACCAUCACAGAUGUGAAGAUAACGGAGCUGAACCUGACUCACGCCGACCUGCAGUUCGUGCCUGAAGUCGGGUUGUUGUUCGACGUUCAGAACUCCUCCAUCUCGCUGAGUUUCCACCGACGGAUCCUCUACUGGUUUUUUUACGACACGGGGAACAUCAACGCCUCGGCUGAAGGCGUCAACAUCAACACGGUUCUGAGUCUGAUCCGAGACGACGAAGGACGACUGAAGAUCAACAACAUCACGUGUGACGCCAAAAUCAACAAGAUGAGGGCCCGGUUCAGCGGGACGCUCGGGAAAGUUUACGACUUCAUUUCCAAAUUCCUGACGUCAGGCAUGCGCUUCCUCCUCAACCAGCAGAUCUGUCCGGCCCUGAACCACUCAGCUCUGGUUCAUGUGAACGCGAUGUUGGACACGAUCCCUGUGAGGACGGAGGUGGACCAGUUUAUUGGGAUAGACUAUUCUCUGAUUGAUGAUCCUGUAGUGACGUCCCGCAGCCUUGACAUGCACUUCAGGGGGAUGUUCUUCGACUUGUCUGAUCCCACCAACACGCUGGUGAACUACGCGGUGAACCCGGUGAUCCGAGAGUACGACCGGAUGGUCUACCUCGCUCUGUCCGAGUUCUUCUUCGACAGUGGAAUGUACGCGUACUACAGGGCGGGGGUCUUCCAGAUGGACAUCAUCAACGAGAAGAUGCCCAAAGACCUGGAGAUGUUGUUGAGAACCACGUACUUCGGGACCCUGUUCAUGCUGUACCCGGCUCUGGUGGACGCUCCGCUCUCGUUGCACAUCGCCGUCACGUCACCUCCCAAAACCACCAUCAAGACGUCUGGAGCAACCGUUGCCAUGACAGCCAGCGUCAAGGUGAUGGUGCUGCCUCCGGGUCAGUCUCCGAUCCAGCUCAGCAGCAUGACCAUGGAAUCAAAGUUCAACGCUAAAGUUUCUAUGAAGGGAAAACGUCUGGCUGUUCAUGCUGACCUCCGCAGGUUUAAAAUCUUCUCCAACCAAUCUGCUCUGGAAUCUCUUGCAUUGAUUCCUCUGCAGGCUCCUCUAAAGACGAUGCUGCAGAUGUCCGUGGUUCCUUUAAUCAACAACUGGACAAAAAAGGAGUUUCGGAUUCCCCUGGCUGAUGGGAUGGAUUUCAUUGAGGAGGUUGUUGAAUAUCACAACGGUUUCAUUGUGAUCGGAGCAAAUCUUCACUUCAGCAAAGGACUGAGAGAAAUGAUCACCGGAGGCAACAAUCAGACAGAGACAGACAGCAACACCGUCUAAAGAUUUACAUAUUCAACACACAACACACAACGUGAAUAUGAUUCACUGUGUGAACAGAUAUUACAACACAUAUGGAAUUACUUCAGCAAAGCACUGAGAGAAAUGAUCACUGGAAGAAAUCAGACAACACAGCCUCUAUUCAUGUAUGUGUACAUAUACAGUACAUUACAGAGUUUAUUGUCUCCACAGUACAUAGACACACAUAUAAAAACACUGCCUCUACACAGUAUGAAUAUAUGUAUGUGUGUAUACAUAUUGUACAUAACAUAGUACAUAGUAUGUAGAGACAACAGUAGAGAGUAGUAUGUAGAGACACAGUAGAGAGACAACAGUAGAGAGUAAUAUGUAGAGACACAGUAGAGAGACAACAGUAGAGAGUAGUAUGUAGAGACACAACAGUAGAGAGUAGUAUGGAGAGACGACAGUAGAGAGUAGUAUGUAGAGACAACAGUAGAGAGACAACAGUAGAGAGUUGUAUGGAGAGACAACAGUAGAGAGUAGUAUGUAGAGAGACGAUAGUAGACUGUACCGUGUAGAGGCAACGUUAGAGAAUACUAUGUAGAGACAACAGUAGAGAGACAACAGUAGAGAGUAGUAUGGAGAGACACAACAGUAGAGAGUAGUAUGUAGAGAAAACAGUAGAGAGUACUUUGUAGUGACAACAGUAGAGAGUACUAUAUAGACACAACAUUAGAGAGUACCAUGUAGAGAUUACCAUGUGGAGAGACAACAGCACAGUAUAUGUAUGUAUAUCUUUAUAUAUUUUCUCAACAGGUGACACAGCUCUGGACUAACCCUGAAGAACAAAUGACAUUCACAUCUUUGAUUGGGUUAAAGUUAAAUGAAUGAUUAAAUCUCUCUGUGGAGUUGUUAUUAUUAUUAUUGUUAUUAUUAUUGUUAUUAUUAUUAUCAUUAUUAUUAUUAUUAUAACUGAAUCUCCAGGCUCUAAUAAAUAAAAAAAUCAUAAAACAUU